GUUAAAUCCACACGAUGUCCGACAUUAGAUGGGGAGUAGACCUAAGUAUUUCCUUGUUUUCUUGAAAUUUUAACGAUUAAUAAGACGAAAAUGGCAGUUCAGUACAUAAAUGGGUUAUGAAACCGUGUAAGUGGGUUAAAAAACAUGCCCGUCAUUCGUUGCAAAUAAUAAUGAAUGACAUAACAAGGUCGCUGUCACUGGGCCUAAUGUUUACAAAUUUCAUGGCGGCAAACUGAAAAUUAAAGUUAUUAACAUGAUUAAAGAGACUGGUUGUGCUGUAAUAUGUAUGUGUGUAUUUUCAAAUUAUUAAUGUUUCAUCUGACCAGGAUAACUUUCAGAAAACUCACUUCUUCAAACUAUGUACAGGAAACUGUCUGUGGACCUGAUUUAUCAGGCUGAGUCUAUGAGAAGGUGUCAGCAAACUUGGAGGCAGACGACAAGACAAAGGCUGUAAAUCUGAGGAUAAGUGUGAUGAAGACUAUCGGUACACGCUGCAUAAACUUUAAUCGACUCAUGGAGAUAUUUUAUAUCUAUGGAUACUUAGAAGCAAAAAAGUAAUCAAAAUGGCGGAAGGAGAAUUAAAACAAGUGAAGGCGAUGUUGAGAAGUGUGCUCCUCAGUUGUAAGGAAGGCGUCGCAUCACAGAGAUUCUUGGUUGAUUACCGUGACGUGACCGGGGAGUACCUGCCAUAUAAGAAGUUUGGUUUCAACAGCGUCUCCGAGUUCAUCGCCUCCAUCCCCGAUGUUGUACAUGUGAGAAGGCAAGGCGGGGAGGAGAUGUACCACGCUGUGGCAGAUGAAACCACGGCCCACAUUCAGAAACUGGUGUCCAAACAGAGGAGCAAGAAGACGAAGAGGCCACUCAGGAGGGCUCCAGUGAGGAACCCCUUCCUUCCCAGCAAGCGCCCAAUGGGCAGGGGGUACACCCCUCCAUACCGACCUCAGGGAGGAGGGUUCCAGAGACCUCCACCUCAUCAGCCUCACUUUGCGGCAGUCAGGAGAUUUGAUCCGCGACCUCAUGUAGCAACUCCACAAGUACAUAGAGCACCUCUGCUGCCUCUGCCAAGGUCUUCGCCAGAAGAAUGGUCCAGCUCACCACCCUCCUCCCCUAUGAACAGUAGUGAACCCUUCCACAACUUCCAGAUCACACUGCGAAACUCUGCUGGCAAUAGGAUGGUUGGUGCAGGGGAGGGUCCAAGACCCCGAGUGGGACGUAUGAUAAUGAGAGCUGUGUCUGAGGCUGUGUCAGAUUGUCAGGGAGAGAGGAGACCGAACAAUAUUAAAUUUGGACACAAGUUUGAAGUUCCGCCACGUUUCCGCCGCAACCAGGAUUCAUUUGCAGAACCGUUGCAAGGGCUGCAGGCUCCCCUACCCCUAGCUGCCCAGCAGGUGAGGUUCUAUGGGGACGGCACAGACUACAUAGAGAAGAUUAAUAAGUACAUUUGGAAACGGAACUUGCUUCCCAUCAAGUUCGACACCACCCAGGCAAAGAGUGGACUGUAUGUCAGUUCAGUGAGAGUGGAUGGGAAGGUGUUUGGCAGUAUUGAUAUGUUCCCCACAGCUCAGGAGGCUGAGUAUAUGGCUGCCAAGAAUGCAUGUGAUGCCCUGGCAGUGGACAGAGAUGCAUCUCCCAUCGCAGCCAGCAGUAAUAUGUCUGUGUCUGAUACCGCCCUCCGAGAUUGGAUACGAGAGACUCUGGACCCUCUCCCUAAUGGCAUGUGGGGCACACGGAUCCCUAUACUGUUUAAGGAAAAGUUUCUUGAAGAGGCCCCAGCUCAUUUGUUGGCAAGGAUUAGUGCAUGGAGUGACUUAGUGGAAGUAGAAAAAGUGUGCGGGCGGGACUUGGUGAAGCUGGUCCGAGCUAAACCUACUGUCAAGUGGAAGGAUUUUACAAUCCCAGAACCUGAGCUGUUAGACCCAAGCGAGACAGUCACGAUAUAUGUGACAUUUGCACUUAGAGUAGACAGCUUCUUUGUACAGAAGGAAGACUCCUGCAUAGACGAUAUCAAUGCCAAACUGGAGAAGGAAUGUCCAAAGCAGGCAGUGCCAGACAGCAGUGUGCUGAAGAAGGGGACAUUCUGUGCCGCACUCUAUAACGAGGACCAGCGCUGGUACAGGGCUGAGGUCCUAGACAUCACGGAUGAGUCAGUGCAGGUAAAGUUCCUGGACUAUGGUAAUACUGAAACAGUCCCAGUGUCCUCCAUCCGGCAGCUGCCUGACACGACAGCCAACUUCCCAGCUCAGGCAAUCCCUUGUGCCCUGUACAGCAUCAUCGUCACUGACACUGAGAGUCCAGAUGAACCGUCUCCAUCCCUGAAGGAGUUCUCAGAGGUGGUGAAGGACUCACCCAUAUCAGCUCUCACGGUGGCCUACAACACAGACGGCCAGUGUGAGGUUGAACUGACCAAGGAGGAGCUAUCCAUCAAUGACUACCUGAUCAAGAAGGGCCUGGUGAGGGGUGAGGUGGUGGACUGGGGGGCGGAGCCAAACGACACCGACUCCAUCAUAGGAGAGCCAGACACUGUGAUACUACCAGAUGACAAGUUCCUUGAUGUGUAUGUGUGCUUCAUCAGUCCGGACCUGGCUGUGACAGUCCGGAUAGUGGGCGAGGAGUACUCUGACAAGCUGGAUGUGUUUGAAGCGCAGUUGGAGGACUGUUUCAAGAAAGCUGCCCCUGACACCUUUAUAGGUCCUGGGGCAGUGUGUAUUGCCAGCAUGGAUGGCCUGUACCAGCGAGUGCUCAUCAACUCUGUGACAGACGGCAAGGCUGAGUGCUAUUUCACCGACCACGGUGACACCGAGAACAUCCUCCUCUCACAACUACGUUCACUACCGCUGGAUCUCAAUGCCUCGCUACCCUAUCAGGCUGUGCGCUGCUACCUGAACGGGCUGGAGAAAGUGACAGAUACGGUGACGGCCCUGGAGAGCCUGCUGGACAUGGCCCUGGGCAAGACUUGUGUCGCCGAAAUAGUUGACAGAGAUGAGAGACUGUCUGUGAUCCUGUACGACACAAAUGACGACAAUGAUUUGAACAUCAACAAUGCAGUCAGCAAAGCAAUCUUGGCCAAGGAUCCACAAAAUGGCAACUUGACAGCAGCAGCAUCCUUGUCACAGCCUCCUUCCACACACUCCAACUCUGUGUCCCCCAAGAGUGACAGCACUAGUCCUAGAGCCAUCACCAACAUGGCUGCCUUCAGGGACACGAACACAAUACAGCCAAACAGAGACACAAGUUUUAACCGGACAUUGAGCACUACCAGUGCAGACUCAUGGGGUACUGAGGAGGAAGCCGAGGCCCUGGCUGCAAGCUAUGUGGACUCUCACACCAGCUCCAACUGGGAGAGCAGUGAUAUUGCCAGCCCUGACGACCUGGUCCCCACAACUCAGGGCAAGGCUGUGGACACAGCAGUGGUGCAGAGACUAGGUGGUCUGACGUUAGGGAAUAAUACGCAGACCAGUAAUGGUUCUCCCUCUGCUGUGUUAAACAGUGAACUGUCUCGGAGUACUAAUGGGACGUUGAAGUCUGAUCCCACUCUUCCAUCUAGUCGUGAGGGGUUGAACAAGGGGUUUGUCAGGAGAAAACUGUCUCAGCCGGAGUUGGUGGAUAUCCCUGGUAUUGGGGAGUUCUUUGAUGUGCAUGUUUUGUGGGUGUCGGAUCCAACUAACUUCUGGUGUACGCCGUACAAGAUGGUGUUAUGUCUGGAGAAUAUGAUGAAGGAUCUCAAUAAACACUUUAACACUAACACUAAGCGUGUUGUGCUGGAGGAGAAGGAUUUGACCAAGGGGAUGUUGAUGGCUGGCAACAUGGACGGAGCGUGGUACCGAGUCAUCAUUAAGAAUAUUAUAGAGCAUCAGAUGUCGGUGUACUUCCCGGACUACGGACAGUACAACAUCCUAAGCUUGGAAGAUCUGCAGCCAUUACCAGAACAGUUUUAUGCAUUGCCGCUUUGUGCAGUCAAAGCCAAGCUUCACGAUAUCAGCCAAGACAGUAGAUCAGCACAUAAAGGUAUCGACUUCGUGAAGGUCAACAAACACUGGUCGGAGGCAGCCAAGUACAAGUUCAUGGAGCUAGCUCAGGGGCGGGACUUUGUGUGCUUGGUGUGUGACAAGAACAGAAGUUCGGGCAUGGUGUCCGUGAAGCUGGUGGACACGUCCGACCAGGAGGAUGUCCUCAUUGAUGAAGUGCUAAUUGAUAUGAACUUUGCCCGGAGCUUGGACUCCUGAUGAAACUGUACAAUCUGCAAGCAUGAGGACAGUGAACAGAUGGAAUGAGAAUAGCAUGAAAAGCUUUGAGGUCUGUGUGUGGCAACAUGUCUACAGUUUACACACUUCUACUGCGCGAUCUCUGCCUUCGCAAUUGAACUUUCUAUUGGUGUGAUUGAGUGGUUUGUCAGAAGCACAUGCUCCAGAAAUCAUUGUAAGAUCUUAAUUCCAUCCUAUGCGUACUUUAAUGUUGUAGAAGUAUCGCCCGUAUAUUAAUCUGCAUGAAAGACGAGUAUGUACCUCUCAAUGUUUUAGAAACAUGCACUCAGUCAUGCUGUAUCAAACACAUGUACCCAAGAGUAGUCCAUCACAUGUAACGUUGGGACUUGUCAUCCAUCAUUCUGUUGUAUUUGUUUUCCCUGUGAUGAAGUUUGAGGUCUGCCUGGAGAUACACCAGUAUACAUACAAGAGAAGUAGGCAUCAUGGCUUCAGUUGGAGGUGAAUACUGACUAUUACCAGGGAAAAUGAUAUGUGAGGCCUGAUAUCCAAGAUGUUGGGCUAGGUGUUUGUGGUGUUGGGCCAGGUGUUCGAGAUCUGAGAGAUGAUGGGCCAGUAUAAAAAAUACAGGGCCAGGUUCCCUGAAGUUGGGCCAGAUAUCUCAAAUAUCAGGCUGAACCAUGUUAAGAACUGUUACAAGAGUUAAAUCUUUGUGUUUGCCUCCCUCACAGAGUUCUAACACUGGUACCUGUGGAAAAAGACCUCCUGUAGGAUAAGGUGACGAGUGUCAUGCUGCCCUGGAAACAUGAUUUCAUCAUGUCGGAUGCAUAAUGGACGUCUGUAGAAAUCAGAUCAGGAGUAUUUGGCUGGGAUUGUGUGUCUGUGAGGGUGAUGUUAAAAUGACCUCAAUCCAAGUUACAUAAUCCUUUAUUACAACAUUAUGUAAAUAUUACAAAUCACUUGUAAUUGGUAGCAUUGUGUACAACCAUUUAUAUUAGAUAGUUGACAAUGAGAACGUUGACAUCCAUUGUUAUAAUGAAGAUUAAGUGACAAGACACUGUUGUACCUUAUUGAUAGCUUGAUUCAAGACUCUUCCUGUAGUUUCCGGUCAGGUUACCUACAUUUUGAGUCAGGCUGAUUGAGGAAGCUAACGAUGUAUGGAUGGACUCUCCCUAUGCUGCACAUCAAGGAGUACGCUAUCUCCUAGAGGGAGGAGGACUGUACAUAAGUCAUCCACUGUGCCAAACACCUCCUGUGAUACUAGAGUGAGACUGCCAGAGCUGCAGUCAUAGACUUGCAGUGUUGGUAGGAUAUGAAUCAUAUAUGGAUAUGGUACUUGGUUCUUGUAGUGGAGAGUGUCAAUAGAGUCCCUUCUAUAAAUGAUUAAACAUGAGCCAGUUGGAAGUGUGUAGAUUUGUUAAGGAAGCACCUCAUGCUCUCUUAUGUCAAAUGCUUUGAAUUUAUAAAAAAAAGGUGCACAUGUGCUAAAGGUUUAUACGGAUUUAAAAUUGGCACAUUCUUCAACGUUGGCAAAAAAGAGGUGAGAAAGGUGAUUUAUUUUUUCAGCUGAACAAAUGAACCGGAUUUUAUGUGAAGGAAGUCUUUUGUUUCAUGUGAAAGACUUGCCAUUGUGGGCCAGGUUUUACUCUCAUUCAUUUCUUUUACAUGUAUCAUCAUUCCGUGAGACAUCUUCAUUCCAUUUACUCAAUCAAUGAGUUUUUCUUACUUAGAAAAAAAAUGAAAAAAAUAUUGUUUUGAAAUUCCUGGGGGACUCACAAGUUAAGUGGAUUGCUUAGUGAAACGCACAGGAUCGAAGCAAAUAUUGACUGUCACUAAAUAAGGCACUAUGUGAUAUCUAUUUAAAAAAAAUGCAAACUGUCUUAACCGGAAUGGAGGGACACAGGGAAAGUUCAGAAAUGACUCUUUAGGGAGAUAUAUGCAGAAUGAGAGAAAAUAAUACUGGUGUAGGUUAGUGGAACAAGGUGCUGAAUAUGUUGAAAACUGAACAGCACCCUAAUGCAUCUAUCUCUACCUACCAUUGUCAGUUUUGAACAAUUAUUGUUUAAUUAAAAUGUAAACAUUUGAAGUAUCCUUUUGACAUUUUACAUAUGAAAUGGAAUUAAGUUUCAGAUGUACAAUUUGUACCCAGGUUGAAGUGCAAAUAUGUUCAGAAAGAAUGUGUCCUGUAAAGUCUUGUGUUAGCAUCAGGAAUUAUUCAAGAUGGGUUGUUAUUUCAGUUUAUCAAUCAAAUCAUUUUGUUAUUAAUGACACAAAGUUAAUGUUUCUUUAAUUAUAGUUUCCAACUGUACUUAUUCACAAAUCCAAGUGCCACCAAUAUUCAUGAUAGUGCUAUUUGUCUCUGAAAGAUUAUAUUUCUGGGCAAGCUAUAUCCGGAUUCUUAGUGGUCUGUUCUCACAAUAAACACCUAGACAGAUUGAUCUUUCAUGACAUUGUUGUGAUUGAUGAUUACAUUACUGCAUAACUGUUCUUUGGUGUACUAGUGAAUAAUUAAACAGUCACACUCAAUGUUUAAACUUAAGCAUAAUUGUUAGGGUUACCACAUGCUGAUUUUGUGAAUAUUUAGCGGUCCUUCAAGUAUUAUUGCAGCUGACCCCAAUGCCUCUCCUAAUCUCUAACACUGAUACUAAACUACAACCACAUACUGGUAUUACAAGACCGGGCAUUAUACUUUUGUGAUGAUCACUGCUGGAACUGAAGAAUUGCCUCGGGCGACUCCACUUUGAUAAAGAGAUCUAUGAUUAUCUAGUCUACGAGGACAAAAUACUCAUGUCAUUGUUUCUUUUCUGCGAUGUUUCUAAGAUUAGUAAAAUAUUCCUGCACGAAGAAGUUUCCAACCAAAAUUGCCUUACAAUGUAAUGUCUGUAAUUACCAGUUGCUAUUGUGUUGAAUGUCCAGUGACAGUAACCUGCUUUAUCUUACUGUGAUGUAAGGCAAUGUAAGCACUGUCCUUUAAGUUGGUGCUGCCAAAUAAAAUAUUUCAUUCCA